GUUUCUGCGGUCCAUUGCUACGCGGUGUGCUCGCAUAAAUAUAUAAACAGAGAAAUAGGUCAGCCCACAGCUUACUGCUCUGUUCCAUUCCCGGUUUCUCCUAUCCCUACGUUUCGUUCGUUCAUUCGUUCGUUCGUACGUUCGUACGUGUGUGCCUGCACACUCGCCUCCUAGAUCAUUCAAAUCGAAAUGCCCAAAUCCUCAUCAUCAAUAGAAUCUUCCAUCCCCCCCCUAACACCCCACUAUGCUCCCGACACAUCUUCCGCAGAACAACCAGAAUCCCCAUCCACAACCUCCCUUAUAAACUCGCUAAACCUACAAAAACACAUCGAAGGCGGCUACUUCGCUGAAAUCGACCGCAACCCCCUCAUCAUCCCAAAUCCCUUCCUCUUGUCCUCCCCCCCUAAUCAAUUAUGGACCCCCACGCCCCCUGACUCCGACGACAUCGCCCCAGGAAGAACAACACUAGUCCCGAGAUCCGGGGAUGAUUUGAUGAGGAAUGCAUCGACGUCCAUUUUCUACCUCCUCACCCCACGGUCUCCGUUAGGUGCCUUUCACAGGAAUAAGGGGAGGACGGUGCAUACGUUGAUUAAAGGGCGUGGGAGGUAUGUUUUAAUUCAUGCCGAUGAGAUGGAUGUUAAGGGGGAGGUGGAGGGGAAGAAGAGAGUUGAGACGUUUGUUGUGGGUCAUAAUGUUGAGAGGGGAGAGAGGGCCUGUUGGGUCGUGGAGGGUGGGAAAUAUAAGGGAACGUUUUUGAUGUUGGGGGAGAAAGAUGGAGGAGAGGGGGAGGGAUUAUUGAUUAGUGAGACUGUGAUUCCAGGCUUUGAAUACUCGGAUCAUGAUUUCUUGACACUAGAAAGAUUUAGAGAGUUGGUAACUGAGGAGCAAGCGAUCGAGUUGGAGUGGAUGGUUAGGAAGGGCCCGCCGCCGGAGGAGAGUGAAUUGCUAUAGCUGCACUUAGUAGCCCGUAGGCUUAAAAAGCGACACCAUAGAAGCAACAUUUUUCCCUUUCCCAAUAUCUUGGGUAUGUACACCACAACUUAUUCGAACCUACUGUGGGAAUUUGGUAGAAUAGAUUUAAUCAGUACCCCGA